CAAAUGCGCCUUUUACCGGCUACUGGCCACCAUCCCCAUAUUUCCCGGUCAUUUAAACCUCGCCGCCCUUUUCGGGCUCUCGUCCAUCCCCAAAAAAUGCCGGACGCCGUCGUUCUCCGCAGCGCCUUUCUCCGUUGGCCGAAGGCUGCCGCCGGGGUACGUCUCUGCAUCUCAGCCUUUAUCGAGCGGCGAUGUCAUUACGCCGCCAGCCCCAGCGCAGACGCCUCCUCCGAUGAGCCAAAAAGCCGGAAAGUUAAGAAUAAAGGGGAAUGGUUCACUCUACCGCCGUUCGCUCCAACUGUCAACGCCUCUGCGUUGGGAAGGAGUCUCGCCGUCCGACAUACGGAUCCGAGGGGCGACACCAGCACCGCCACCGCCACGACGGCUCUCAAAUGGGUCCUUCGAUGUUGCCCACAGCUGCCCAGGUCACUUGUCCAGAAGCUGUUUCGUUUGAGACAGGUUCGAAGAGAAUCCUCUAACACACGUUCUGAUGCUGCUCAAGCAAAUGAAUGUCGACUCAGAAGGGUGGCAGCCAAAGACCCAAUGAACUCAGGAGAUCGAAUCUUUCUUCCUAUCACUGUUCAAGAGACACCAACUGAGAAAUCGGAGUUGCCAUGCAAAGAAGAAGAAAUAAAUUUCAUACGUAGCCUUGUGUUGUAUAAGGAUCCAGCCAUUAUUGUUCUAAAUAAACCUCCUGGAAUGCCUGUCCAAGGUGGAAUUGGCAUAAAAAGAAGUUUGGAUGAACUAGCUGCCUGUUGUUUGAGAUAUGAGUACUCAGAACCUCCUCGGUUGGUGCACAGACUUGACAGAGAUAGUAGUGGCAUCUUGGUAAUGGGGAGGACACGAACUAGUGCUGCAGUUCUGCAUUCUGUCUUCCAUGAGAAGACUUUUGAAGCAUCAAAGGAUGACUUUGGCAGUAACACAAGAAUCUUGCAAAAAAGGUAUUUGGCACUUGUUAUUGGAUCUCCAAAACUUCCAAGAGGGUUGAUUUCAGCACCUCUGGGAAAGGUAGUUGUGGACAGUGGAAAAUCUGAAAGGAUCACAAUCAUUGGCAAUGACCGGCCUGUGUCAUCUCAGCAUGCUAUUACAGAGUAUCAAGUGAUUGAAUCCUCUCAUGGUUGCACAUGGUUAGAGCUUUCUCCUCGGACUGGUAGAAAGCACCAGCUUCGUGUACACUGUGCUGAGGUAUUGGGAACCCCAAUUGUUGGAGACUACAAAUAUGGGUGGCAAGCUCAUGAGAAGCUGAAACAUUUUCAUAGUAAUAAUCUUGAAGAUAACUCGAAUGAGAUGUCUCCCAAGGGAAAGACAUUUGCCUUUGGCCUUCACGUAGAGAAUGGAAGUAUCUCUGAAAAGCAUCCUCACCUACACCUUCAUUGUAAGCAAAUGGUUUUACCAAAUGUCUCUCUGGCCUUGCAGAAUCUGCAAGCAUCUUCAGAUUGCCGUCUUUCAGAAUUAGAAAGCCUCAAGUUGCUUGCUCCUUUGCCUCCGCAUAUGCAGAGAAGUUGGAAAAUUUUGAAUUCAUGAGCGACACCCCGAACUUUGCAUGUUCUUGUUCAGAGGUAUUUCUUCAUUCUCCAAUUUUUUUCCAUGAGAAAUGGGAAAACAAGAGUUACUUCUGCAGUCUUUGCCCUGCAUGUAUGUCCAGACUCCACACCAAGCAAGGGCUCUAAAGGGAUUGCUUGGGGAGCUAGAAAGUUCAUUGCAUGUGGGAAAAUCUUCCACAAUAUACUAUUUUUAUUGGAGGGAAAAAGUAUGAAGGAAAAUUUCUCAUGGUUAUGGUCCAGGAAUGGGAUCUCAGUUGACUUGUUCCAAGAUAUGUCCUGAUCUCAUCAGCGGAAUGAAAGCAAGUCUCAGUUUUUAAGCUGAUCUAUGUUGUGUUGUUUAAGCCUAGUCUUUAGGCAAUUUCUUUUGUUCCUUUAAAAUUGACUUCCUCAAUGAAUCAAUCAGUUAUUAUUAUUUA